AUGUCGUCGCGCACGACUCGGCGGCCGUCGGUAUCGUCGGUCGCGUCCCUCGAGUCGCCUCUUGCCCGCCGCUCCUUGCGCCCAGGGCCGACGCACCGCGGUUCCGGGCUAUCACCCAACGUUCUUGGUCCGCUCCCUGGUUCGGAAGGCAGCAGUGCCAGCGCGUCCGCGAGUGCCAGCCGGGCAAGCAGUAUGCUGAAUGCUCCUGGUAUCAUUUCGUCGCGAGGAGCUCACAGGCGAGCUGCCGUCAAGGAAGGCGAUUGGGUUACCAUGGAACCGGACGAGGUAUUUCGAAGCCUGCCUGUGAACGAAGUCAAGCGAGUGGAAAGCAAGAUGCGCACCGACGCGUUAAACAAGCAGUCCGAGCUGCGUAGCAUGGUUGGCACCCGCUAUCGCGACCUCCUCACGUCUGCGUCACAGAUUACGUCCCUUUACAACUCAUCACUCAGACUGAGCUCGGGAUUGCGGACCGUUGCCGUUGCAUGUGCGAACCCGACCGAGAUGGCGGACACCAGCUCGGAGACCGCCGACGGCGAAGACGUGAACACAAUGUUGCCAGUCGCUGCGCACAUGAAGUUUCUCCUGGACGCUCCAGAGGCAUUGUACGCAUACCUCGCCCGCCAUGCUUUCCUGAACGCUGCAUUCCUGUGGCUCGUUGCAAGGGUCGUCAAAGAGGGCAUGGCAGCCAUGCCAGAGGCGGGCAAAGGGCCAUAUCUACCUUUGCUGCAGAAGCAGUGGGAAGUCCUAGUCCCUUUUCGUGCUCAGAUCGUGCAGCGGUCCACAGCGGAACUUCGUACGCGCGAAAGACUCAGCGCCAAGACGCUCUCGGAAACGCUUCUCGCCAUCAUCCUCCUCGAUUCCCUACCACUUCCCGACGCGCUCGACCUCCUAUUGUCUCAGCGCCUCAAGACGCUCGGCGACAUCUUGGCCCAUGCCCCCGGUUCAAAGACGGAUGGACGGCGCCGGCGGUCCAAUUCCCGCGUGGAGACCGCGGCAGCGUCUCGGGAAGCAGUUCACCGCCGUGACGAUAUUGCCAAAGUCGUCGCUGAGGCUGUGCGCAACCUCCUUGAUGGCGUGUCACUCGUCAAGGCCGUAUUUGAACCUAGCAAGCGCAAGGCCAUUGGUGAUGAGAGCAGUCUGGCUGAAGCCAUUCGUCUCGUCCAGGCGGGGGAAGAGGCUCAGCCCGCCAUGCAACCGACCCCGAUUCGGCGAGCUGCGCAUCAACGCCGUGCAUCCCGCCUCACUUCCAUUUCUCUACCACUCCCAUCGCGUGGUAGCACGACCGCCAGUAACCCGCCAGUCUCGACACGCCGAGUUAUCCAGUCCCUUCCUUCCUCUCAAAUUCUUCUGCGUUAUCUCCCAAGCCAGGUGAUUAGUUUCACACCAUUCAUCGCCUCAAGCACCCCACCAAACCUUGCAGACAAGCUUGGACCAUGGCAAACAGCAGCGGUGGAGAUCCUUCGCGAUUCCGUCCCAGCUUGGCUGGCCGGGCUUCACUCAGUAGCUGAUGUCUGGGUGGUGCGCGCAACCCUUGCAGAUAUGUUGGGCGACGACGCAUUCGAGGAGCAAAUUGCGUCCGCCCUGGAAGCUGAGUGGGGUGCUCGCGUCCAGGCAAUUUGGACAUCAAAGCUCCACGCCCUCGUCACAUCUGCUGAAGCAUCCCUCAAAGACGCAGCGGACAAGAUUCGAUCUGGCGCCGAGAGAACGGACAACGAACCAGAGGCAUACAUGUUUUCCGACAUUGGAUUCCCGUCUGCCGCGGGCAUGACAGGGACGAACGCUGGUUUUAACACAUUCCUUGCCACACUCAAGAAGCGUUCGUCGUUCCGUACUCCGCUCCUUGACGCUGUCCUCGGUGUGCUGGAAACGUCGGCCUCCGAUAUCAAGAACGAUCUCGUUGGCCUGCCUCGUACGCUGUACGACGACUACCGCGGAAAGCUUUCUUAUGCUCUAGAGGCAUUGGUGGAUGUUCUCGGCGAUGUCCUUGCGGCUGUGGGUGGGCACCGAGAUGCCACAGGUAGCGUGGAAGCCCAACUCUUUGUUGGCCGCGUUGCUUUGUGUCUCGCACACACAAGUAGCUUCCUCACCGAUCUCGUCGGUGCCACAGGUGUCGAUGUGCACAAAACCCAAACGUCGCUCCUGGAAUUGCAUUCCGCCUCCACCAUCCAAUGGCAGGCCCAAGCGAUCACUUGCGCUACCGACAGUCUUGUUUCGCUUUUCGCCGAUCACCGCGGCGCCGACCAAAUCCGUGCGACAUGGCAAGGCCCAUUCCCCUCCACACCCUCGCCCCAGGUUAUGGUAGCCCUGACCCAACUGGUGUCGGCAGUGCGACACUUGGGCAUCCCAAUUGGCCUGUCGUUACCUGUAGUGCGCAAGCUGAUUGCCGCGUUUGUGGAUACAACGCGUGCCAUGGUCGGCUGGCACAGGGGAGACGGCGAUGUGGCCGCCCAGGCAGCCGUCGAUCUCGGCUUCCUUACACUCCUCAACGGCGAGACUGUUGAAAACGACGUAGCCGUGCAGUCACUGCUGCAAAUCCUUCCCCCCUCCUUCGCCGAGUUCAAGACGACGCUACCCACCAUCGUCCUUGAGAGCCUCCGCCGUACCCAACUUACGCUCUCUCCGCUCAGUGCGCACCUUGAGCUACAACAAUCCGCCCCAAUUACAUCCAAGACGGACCGGAGUGGAGCGCUGCUCCGCCUAGGCGCUCCAGCGCUCGCUGGCCGUGCAGCGGGCGUAGGAACAGAGUUCAAGAGCCCCAUUGCAGUGGCAAGACUCGGCAAGCGGUUUGGUCUGCUGAGCAUUGUUGCGUAG